CACAGCCAUGCCGAAACCGACUCGUGAACGCAAGCACAAAAGACUGGCAAAACUAAAAGACACUAAUAAUCUUUCCGAGUCCAACGACAGCAAUGCCGUUGAGAUCAUUCCGAAGAGCAAAGCAGAGCGGGAGGCGGACAAAGCACGAAUCCGAGCCGGCCUGAAUGUUCAGCAGCAGGGGAAAAUCAGCGGCAAAAAGAAGAAGCGGUUGGAGAAGUAUGUGGAAACGAAAUUGAAGAGGGAUGAAGUGCGAGAUCUCAUCGGGAAAUUGGAGACUCUGCACCGGGAGAGGGAUGAGGUUCUUGACGGCAAGGAGCUCUGGAAGACAGGAGAUCUUGGCAGAUCGACUGCUGCAAACGCUGCUGAAUGGAAAUCCAGAGAGUGGAAUCCAGAAAGUGGAUCGGAUGAAGAGGAGGAUUCGGAAUUUGAUGAAGAGGAUGGUGCCAGAAAACCUGCUAAGCAAGCUCCUGCUCCCCUUAAGGCCGUGUCUGGUUUCGGUGGUGGACUGAAACGGGCACUAGAGGUUGAUGACGGAGGGCAGCCGGUUAUCAAGAAGAGAAAGCGGAGGAAGAGGUCGCCCGUUCGUCGAGAACUCGAAGAAGAGGAAGGGUCAGAGUGGGAGGGUUUUGGCUCUGGUGAUGAUGCACCAUCCGCUGAUGUGACGACCGGCCACGAUGAAAUCUCUGUCCUUAAAGAGGGCAUGAAUGCUGCGGACCAAUCUCAAGACGACUCGGAAUCCGCAUUUUCCGUUUCAGAAGACAGCGAUUCCUCAGAUGGGCCUGCUGUAUAUGCCGGGUCAAAGAAAGAGAAGAGCGCAAGAUCAUCAGCAUUUCUAUCUUGGGCAACGCAACAACGGAACCAAGCACUUGGAUUUACGCCAACUGCCGUUGAUCCUAACGAUGCCUGUUUACCAGUUGAGCACGUCCCGAAACCGGCAAACUUCCAGCCACGGCCACUGGAACAGGAGCCACUUCCCGCAGAUAUGAAUACGGCGACUAUAGCCGGAGGCUCAAGGAAAGCGUACGCGGUGCCAGUAUCUCGAACUCCGGAGAUACAAGCUACUCGGAUUGAGCUUCCCGUCGUUGCUGAGGAGCAGAAGAUCAUGGAAGCAGUACAUAAUCACGAUGUCACUAUUGUCUGGGGCUCGACGGGUAGCGGGAAGACCACCCAGGUUCCACAAUUCUUGUUUGAAGCUGGAUAUGGAGAUCCAAAGGGACCAUCCCCGGGAAUUAUUGGCGUCACUCAACCGAGGCGUGUCGCUACCGUGAGCAUGGCGAAGCGAGUUGGCGAAGAGAUGGGUGAUAUGAAGCAUCGAGUUGGAUAUAAGAUUCGAUUCGACGGGACUGUGACUGCGAACACGGCGAUCAAGUUCAUGACCGAUGGUGUGCUACUUCGAGAAGUCUCUCAGGACUUUUCGCUGGCCAAGUAUUCCGCGAUCAUCAUUGACGAAGCACACGAGAGAGGAGUCAAUACGGAUAUCCUCAUUGGGAUGCUUAGCCGAAUUGUGAACCUGCGGAAAGAUAUGGCAAAGACGGAUGAGUCUGUUAAACCCCUAAAGCUCAUUAUCAUGUCCGCUACGCUUCGAACUGCGGACUUCGCUGCGAAUAGCAGACUAUUCAGAGAGACAUUGCCUCCUGUCGUCAAGGCUGAGGGCCGCCAGCAUCCAGUAUCGGUACAUUUCUCAAGGAAGACUAAGGUUGGUUAUGUGGAAGAAGUAUUCAAGAAGGUCAAACGAGGGCAUGAGAAGCUUCCCCCGGGAGGAAUGCUGGUCUUCUUGACGGGACAGGAUGAGAUUUGGUCGGUUGCAAAACAGCUGAAACAAGCCUUUCCUUCCACUAGUGCACAAGGAAGCGGAGCUAAGGUUGCCGUCUCUGCUGAAGAGACGCCGCCUGAGGAUGAAGACAUCGCGUUGAACACCGAGCAGUCUAAUCAGUGGGAUGCUGAAUCGGACUCGGAUGAAGAGAUCACUGGUCUAGACGAAGACGAGGUGGAGGAUGAAUUCGACAUCGGAGAAGAGAAGGAGUUUGAGAAGCUAUCCAAGGUUCAUGUCCUCCCGCUGUAUUCUCAGCUCCCCACGAAGCAACAACUUCGAGUCUUCGACUCUCCUCCUCCCGGCUCUCGACUCAUCAUUCUGGCAACGAAUGUCGCCGAAACUUCCAUCACCAUUCCCGGCAUCCGCUAUGUUUUCGAUACUGGUCGCGCUAAAUCCAAAAAGUACGACCGCGAGACGGGCAUCCAAACCUUUGAGGUUGGGUGGAUAUCCAAGGCAAGUGCAGCCCAACGAGCUGGACGAGCUGGACGGACGGGGCCUGGCCACUGCUAUCGACUCUUCUCGUCUGCGAUAUACGAAGCCGACUUCAAGGAGUUCCAGGAUCCCGAAAUCAUCGAUGCGCCAUUGGAAGGAGUGGUGCUACAACUUCGAAGCUUAGGGCUGAAGAGCAUCGUGGACUUCCCAUUCCCAUCUCCCCCAGACGUGAAAAGUUUGUUGAAGGCAGAAAGGCUGCUUUCAUAUCUGGGGGCUCUUUCCACCGACGGAGCUGUGACCGUUACUGGAAGGGCGUUGUCCGCUUUUCCGUUAAGUCCACGACUAGGCCGAAUGUUGUAUCUUGGCAAGAACCACAAAAUUGUGGCACUGUCCAUUGCACUUGUGGCAGCACUAGCCGUGCCCGAGCUCUUUAUACCACAGAGCCAGCUCAAUCUAGGGGACGAGGAACAUGAGUUUGAUGAGGAAGACGAUGAUAGGAUUGAUGAGCUACGUAAAUCCUACAACGCUUCUCACGCGACACUUUCUCGUUGGGAUCGCACCAGCGACGCCAUCAAACUUCUGACAGCCUUGUGUGCCUCCGCUCACGCCACCGACACCGAAGCAUGGGCAACAUCCAUGUUCCUUCGACCUAAAGCGCUUAAAGAAGCCAGUAUGCUACGAGAGCAACUGACUUCCAUCAUGCGCACUCAAUCACCUGGCGCAAUCGGCAGCUAUGCCCCCCGUAUCCCGCAACCUACCGACAAGGAGAUUAAAAUGCUCCGCCAGAUUGUUGCAGCCGGGUACAUUGAUCAGGUCGCUCAGCGUGGUGAUCUGAGUCCUCAUCCACCCGAGCUGCAUCGCCGACCGAAACGCGCAAUCGACGUGCCGUACGUGACCCUCCUCCACUCUACUGACUCCUCCGCUGGUUCCUCCAACGGCGCCGAUGCAAAUGACAGUUCCAAGUACGUGUAUCUACACCCGUCGUCCGUUCUCGCACGAACGGCAGCGAAGAACCUCCCGCAGUACAUUAUCUACUCCCGGCUCCAGCGGUCCGCAUCCUCAGUGCCUGGAAAGAUACCAAAAGUACGGAUGCACCCGCUCACACCGGUGAGUGGAGUGCAGUUGACUGCAUUGGCUGAUGGCACACCGCUGCUGGAGUAUGGGAAGCCGAUCGGGAAUAUUGUGGGAUUGCCUGCGGAGGGAGGCAAGGAAAGGAGAGAGUGCUGGGUUGUGCCGAGUUUGAAAGGAGAGACUGGGGGAAAUGAGUGGCCGUUGCCGGCAAGAAGAGUAGUACAGAGGAGAGAGGCCGGGGUAGGCUGGGUGAUUGAGAAGGUGGUGAUAGGUUAAGCAGUACUCACUCUACAGAUUAUACUCUUGUUGGGUAUAUCUCCGCAAAGAUGAAUUAUUAUCUUUCUGACUCAUACCUCUUACAGGUGAUGAAUAAUUAAUUGGUUUGCUGAAGACUGAAU